AUGUCAGAAAUUGACAUGUCAGUUAUUAAUCCUGAGAUGAUGAAACCUUAUGUGUGGCUUCAAACUUCCGAUGAUUCAAUCCAACAAGUGGAACAAGAGAUUGCGAUGUUUUGCCCAUUUAUAUGUCAAGAAAUAAUACAAAAAAGCAUGGGAUCUUCCAAGAAUUGUGCAAUAUGUCUUCCUCAACAAGUCAGUCCUGCAAUGUUGAGCUUAAUUCUUGAUUAUUGCCGAUUUCAUCAAGUACUAGGCCGCUCAAACAAGGAACGGAAGUCUUAUGAUGAGAAAUUCGUCAGGAUAGACACAGAGCGGCUCUGUGAGUUGACGUCUGCUGCGGACAGUCUUCAGUUAAAGCCAUUGGUUGAUCUCACCAGUCGUGCACUAGCUCGAAUAAUCGAAGGAAGAUCACCAGAGGAGAUACGUGACAUAUUUCAUUUGCCUGAUGAUCUUACAGAGGAAGAGAAAUUGGAGCCCUUGAGAAACAUAACUGACGAUCCAAGGAUCAGGCUUUUGAAUCGCUUGUAUGCCAAGAAGAGGAAAGAACUUAAAGAGCGUGAAAGGAUAAAGGCCUUGUCAAAAGACCUGUUUACCCCUUACAAUUUCAAAUCCAGUGGUUUAACAUUAGCACAGAAUGUUGAAGUUGAAGAAGAGCAUGUAGAUGAACGAUCAGUUGAUGACCUUUUAUCUUUUAUUAAUGGAAAUGAUGGAGAUCAGAAGGGGAUUAAAACUUCUAAAAAUAAAAAGAAGAAUCGAAGGAAAAAAGACCAACAGAAGAAUUCUUCUUUGAAGGAAGCAUCUGUACCAGAAAAGAAGGAGGAGGUAAACGGUCAUAACAACAGACACCAUAGUUCGGAAGCUGAUAGACCGCAAAAAUUGACAGGGAAGUGGAAGAUUUUGCCCGCAGAUUAA